AAUACGGUUAUUAAUCCUGCUUCUCACGCAUGCGCACGAAAGUACGCAAACAUGAGUACCUCAAACGAAUCAAAAGAUAAAACAAAUAAUGCGAAAGUCUCUGAAAAAGACGAAGACGAUGCUCUACAAGAAAAGGUUCAUUCAGCCAAUAGUUGGGAGACUGCUGAUCUUGGUGAUGAUGAUAGAAACCAGAAAUUUCUGCGUUUGAUGGGUGCUGCAAAGUCUCAACACCAGGGUAGGUUUGUGAUAGGGGAGAAAGAUGUACCAGCACACAAACAUGCAAGAGAUAAGAAGCAGACUGAAGAAAUAGAACAGGAAUUAGAAGAUCAAUAUAAACAUACAUUUGAACAUAGAAUCACAAAGUGGUCACAUAAAGGGUUAGGAUUUGAUGAUGACAAGAAGAGUGAGGAGAAAACAGAAUCCAGCCAAUCAGGAGAAAGCAAACAAGACUCUGAAAAUAAAUCUGUGUCAGAACUAAAAAGUGAUGACCAAUCAGGAAAAAAGAGAGAAAGUAGUGAGCCCGCAAAAAAGAGAGAAAGUAGUGAGCCCGCAAAAAAUCCAGAAAUUCCCCCAAAGAAACCCAAAAUGAUGAUGAAUUUUGUUAAAGCCAGCGACUGAAUUUUUUAAUUUUUAGGCAAGGGACAUCACAUGUGAAAGAGUAUUGAAUACAUAACAUGCAUGCUAUGAUUUGUAUACAAUAUGGAAGAUAAAGAAUGGCAUAUUUUAUGUUUUACUUUAUGAUAAGAUAUGAUUCAAUAGAUUGAGAGAGACAUCUUACUUACCCAAGUUUGUGCUCAACUAUAUAACAAAAAAUGCUGUUGGCAAGUCUUCAGAUUUUAACAAAGUUUAAAAAAGGUUCAUGAUUUAAAUUAUGUUUUAUUUUUUUGUAUCUAGGAAUUUUUGAAGUGGUCAUGUGUUCAUGAUAAGAAACUUGCAGCCAGAAACAACAAGUAAUAGAAAGAGCACCAAACACAAGGCUAUCUGAUUUGUAUGAAGGGGCUACAAGUAUAUAUAGAUUGCAGAGUGUUUUGAUGUUCUUUAUCUUUUGUAUCUUAGGUAAAAAUAAAACAAUUUCCCAGUCAUCACAAUAUGAAGAGCCAGAAAAAGGUUACCAAUAAACAGGCAUCUGAAUUUGACUUUUCUAUCACUAUUCAUUUUCCUGUCAUCACAAUAAGCAAACCCCAGAAAAAAUGUAGCCAAUCAACAGACAGUGCAAUAACUGCUUACUGGAGUGGUAACUUUAAAACACACUGUGCAUGUAUGGGUAUAUGAUUUUUCCCAGACACAUUUUCAAUCGUAAGGUGCCCAACUAUGAUACAAAAAUGCUUUUACUGUUUCAUCUUGCACUGUAUUUCUAUUUCUAUUUGUUUUUUUUCCAUAAAAAUACAAAUUAUAUAAUUCAGUAUCAUUUACAUAGAAUCAACUACUGUUACGGCUAUUUAAUGGUAGUCUCUUAUUAAGAUGUGUUCAUCAAGAUUUAAUGCUAAAUGAGCCUUGAUAAAAUUGUACAUGUAUUGCCAUUUCAGUUGAAAAACAUUUUUUGAACAUUCAUUGAAGGAUGUGUUUUUUGUUGUUUAAUUUAGCUGAACUUAAGAAUAGAAUUACUAGAGGGAAUACUUGUGACUGUAUUAUUCCUUGUUCUUAACUCAACUUUUCAAAGCAAAAAAGUUUAGCUUUUGUCAAGACCCUCUUGCCAGCUUUGUUUAGGAAAUAGAUAUCAAUUCUGAGUGCAAUGUUGUAGAAUAAUGCACGGUUUGAGUUCAAAUGCGUAGUAAUAUAAUCACGAAGGCCGAUAGGCCUGAGUGAUUAAUUACAAAGCAUUUGAACGAAAAACGUGCAUUAUUAUACAAUAAUGCACGAAGAAUUAAUAUCUAUUUCCAUUCUAACACAUCAAGAAAAAAUAUAAUUAUUAUUAUAAAGUUGGACUGGUUAAAUUUGUUUUCGCCUCAGAGUUUCCAAUAGAAACGUUCUUUAAAGGCUGAUCCAGUGGGUUGAUAAAAACGGUCGUUAAAUCUACCGUGUGUGUAGAAACAUUUUGAGAAUAACGAACGUUGAUAAAUUUGUGUUUGUUUAUUUUAUUUCACUCUAUAAUUUUUCAAGCGAAAUACAAACUAUUUAAAGUGAAAUAAAUGUAAAACUUAACUCGUUUGCGACACUAAAAUAGCGUACUUGAUCUGAUUGUUUUGCACGUGCUGCUUGGCGCUACAUUGUGACGUCACGUAAACAAUACUUUAAACGUCUGUACAGCGUUAACGACUGAAUUAAAGAUAUUGGUGUUCGGAUUCAUUUUCUUAGUUAGACCAUUUUCUUUCAUUCUAGAUAGUUUUUACAACAAAAUUUGACAAAAAAUUGUUUUUUAUUAAUCAGAUUUUUCAAACAAAAUGGCGCCCUUAAUGUGAAAAACGCGGGAGAUAAUAAGAACGGUGAGUGCAUUGUUGUAGAACAAUGCACGCUUCGGGCCUUCUUUGUUUAUAUAGAAAAAAUUCCAAUAGUGUUAGAAUUAACCUUUUUGUUUAAGUUCAUUUGCUCAGAAACUGUAUAAGCUAUUCACUUCAAACUUGGUAUACAUGUUUAUUAUCAUAAAAGGAUGCUAUGUGAAAAGGGCAGAUAAUCUUUAAAAUAUUUUAUUCAAAGUUAUGCCCCUUUUUGAACUUAGAUUGUUAGCCCUUGUUUACCUUAUGUUUUCUUAGAAACUAUCAGUCAUUCACUUCAAACUUGCUAUAUGUUCACUAUCAAAAUAUGACAUCAUUGCAGUAGGGCAUGUAAUCCUAAAAUUCAUUUUUGAAAACUAACAUAUAUACCCUUGUUUUCUUUUUUUUUUUCUCUGAAGGUCAAUUUCUCAACAACUAUUCAAGUUAAAUACUUCGAACUUGGAAUCAAUUUUUUAAUUGGAAUGCAUUUCUAAAGGGCAUUUCUCA